AUGGAUCUCAUAGAUGCCAAUGGCGGCGAGCCAGUUCCCUUCGCCGGCCGUGUGAUGGGCCCGCUGGUGCUUGAAGGCUACUCACGACGCCGUGAAGAAGCGCCAGCAAACCCGCCCACCGUCACCAACGACCAGCCAGCUUUCCUCAUGGGCCCCUUGGUACUUGAUGGCUAUUCACGCCAUAGAGAAGCAUCACCCCCUCGUCAAGAAGUAUCAACACCUCGUCGAGAAGCGUCACCGCCCCUCGACAGGGAAAUACCUUCACCCUGCUGUCGCUACUACCUCGACGAGAAGCCGCCCUACAUUCUCUUUUCGCGGCUAUCGCGCUGCAACAGAUAUCACGUGAUGUCUCUCUACUGCCGCAUCAUCAGGUACUGGGACGUCAUGUCGCCCGCGACGCCGUUCCCCGUCAACUUGCUGCCAGAUCCGGAUCCGCGUAACUGGGGCUCCGAGCUGCUGUCCAGGCUGCUGUGUCUCGCUGAGAUGACGCGCUCGCGGUACCGAGUUGAGGGCGUUGACCGCAUUUUCGAGCAUAUCAUCAUGAGGAACUGUCUUGCUUUGGACCAUGAGGUCGUUAGUGCGGACUUGAUUCACGGCGAUUUCGUCAUCCGGCUCCCGGACGUCGAGUAUGCCAUCGACAUGAUGCGCACCAGGAUCCAUACUCUGCACCCGGGAGAGUUCAACUACCCGACAGUGCCGUUGGCGUGUGCGACGCGGUAG